AUCGAAUCUGCGUUAUGUACACUUUAGAAGAUCCACAACUCUUGCUCGAUGGCUGGGGCAAGUAGGUUGAACAAUUGAGAGCCUUGCAUCUAGAAUAUGCUUUGUUUCCAGGACAGGCUUGACAAAAUGAUAUGCGGUAGUUGUGCCAGUCUCUUUGGGCUCCAUAAUGUUGCUAGGAACUGGCAUGCAGAUGUUUCUUGUAGUGACUUGCCGUCAGGUAUGCUGAUGAUCAAUCCUUGAAACUUUUUGCUUGCAUUCUUUCACUUCGACUCCCAGGGCGAAGCAGGAGGGCGCAGUCCUUCAGUCUUCAUCCAAUGUGACAGCUGAGGAGGUAGUGCCGUUCGGCUAAAGCGGUAUGAAGCUGUUGGGUGUGGCGGUGCGUGGCACAUGAACAGAUGAGGCUAAGCAAGCGCAGCCUAAAGAGGAAAAAGAAGGCAGCAGCCAAGGCUGCAGUGAAGGCCUGUGAGUUCCUUCGGCGUGAAGACAAUACGAUGCCUGCCAGCUUGGCGCAGGCACAGGCUCCGCCUGCACCACCAUCUUCUCCAGUGGAGUCAAUUGAUGCGAUCUUUGCAAAAGCAAAGCGCCCUGCUACUGAUUCAGCAGGAGCGGAUGGCAAAAGCAAAAAUGGAGGCGCUUCCAAAAAGAAGGCUAUGAGACGUGCCAAGCGUCCCAAAAAUGGAUCGAUUGAUGAUCCUCUUGGCAGGUCUGGUGAUUGGGCGGAUGAUGGCCUAGGAGGCAUUUACAACAAAGAGGGCUGGACUGGUAGGCACACCGACGACAACCUGCGAAUAUUCAAGGCGCACUUGAUAAAGGUAGGACAGGGUGGUGGAAGUCCAAAUUGCCCCUUCGAUUGCGAUUGCUGCUACUAGCCCCUUGCACUCAUAGGGAAAAAGAUGGCACAGUUGCUGCGUUUAGAUUGCACACCCUCCGUGCCAGCCGUCCAACCAGCACAGCCGCAACACGUUGGGAGAAAGCAACUGAUUUCGCAGAGAACCCCUUUUAGGUGCUAAAUGAUUAAAUGGGAGUCCGCUUUGGCCAAAGCUGUUUUGACUGGCACUGAGCUUCGGAC